AUGUUUUUCGCUAGGCGAUCGGCUGCUUCCGCGCGGCUACUGCUGCGCAAUCAGCCCCAGCGGCGAUUCGACUCGCACGCGGCUCACCACCAUGCUGAGCCUGUGAAUGAGAGCUUCGGCCGUAGCUUCUACGUCACCGUCGGCUCCUUCACCUCUGCCUACGUCCUUUACCGACUGAGCAAGUCCACCGAGGAGUCUGGAUCGCAAUCGUGGAUUUCCAGCCUCAUCCAAAAGUGGACCCCUUCGGAGAAGAUUUUCGAAGAGAGAAAUGCCAUUCGCACUGUCGUAAUGGAGAAGGCUGCCCAUGACCGCCACUUGUUCCAAAGUCAGGGCCCUAGAGCCGUUAUCGAAUUGAAGCAGCCCGAGGUCAGCUUCAACGCCGCCCCUCCUUUCAACGUCCCUGCCGGCUCGGCUAUGGAUAUGAGCCAUGUUACCGCACACUAUGAGCGCCAAAACAGGGAGCAGGAAGAGGCCCGUGUUGCCCGGAUGCAAGAUGGCAAGGUUGUCUCUAUCUAUGAUUAG